AUUGCUCCAUCUUUCGCAGUCACCAUGGCAGAGGAGGUGGAAAAAGCUCAAGAAGCACCCGAUACUGGUGAUACAAUAUUUGGUAAAAUUUUACGACGUGAAAUUCCAUGCGACUUUCUGUAUGAAGAUGAUUUGUGUGUAGCUUUCAAAGAUGUUAAUCCUCAAGCUCCAGUCCACUUUUUGGUCAUUCCGCGAAAGCCUAUACCAUGCCUUGAGAAAGCUUGCAAUGAGCAUACUUCUUUACUAGGUCAUUUGCUAAUAAUAGCUAAUAAAGUUGCUCAACAACUGAACGUCACCAAUGGAUAUCGUGUUGUGAUCAACAAUGGCAAAGACGGUGCUCAAUCAGUUUACCAUCUGCAUAUCCAUGUCUUGGGAGGAAGACAAAUGCAAUGGCCCCCAGGCUAACUGCUAUACUGUACGCUGGUAGCAAGAGUCAAAAAGUUUGUAUUACAUGUGAAUUGCAGCCGUUGUUAUUGACUCUAAUAUCAAUGCGCUAUCACAAACUGAUAAUCUAACAUAGUUCAAAAGUUAUUGUCUUAGAUCUAGCCUUGCAGUGUGA